AUGGCGCCGAAAAAAGACUGGGAAAAGUACAGCAAGCCCGAUGCAGAUGCCGACAAGGACAAGGACCAGAUUGUCCCACUCGACGAAGAUGAUAUCCAGCUCCUGCGCACAUAUGCACAGGGUCCGUAUGCCAAUGCACUGAAGCGGAUCGAUCAAGAGAUCAAGGAAGCAGAAAAACGCGUGAAUGAAAAGAUGGGCAUCAAGGAAAGCGACACAGGUCUGGCGCCGCCUGAUUUAUGGGAUAUCGCUGCUGACAAGCAGCGUAUGAGUGAAGAGCAACCACUGCAAGUGGCGAGAUGCACCAAAAUCAUUCCAGCCGACGCGAAUGACCCCGAGAGUAAUGACGCAGAGGGCGAUGGCCAAGGCGGUCAAGGGUCAUCGGGUGCGUCAGGUGGCCGAGACACAGAAGGUGGUACGCCGAGUGUGCUGGACAAUAUGCUGGGCGCUUUGCACGGCCUAAGCAGCUCGCUGAAUCCAGCCUCAAGCGAAAACAAAGAUAAGUAUGUGAUCAAUGUGAAGCAAAUUGCCAAGUUUGUCGUCGCCCUGGGCGACCGUGUCUCACCUACGGACGUCGAAGAAGGCAUGCGUGUUGGUGUGGACCGGAACAAGUACCAGAUCCAGAUUCCCUUGCCGCCGAAGAUUGAUCCAUCUGUGACGAUGAUGCAAGUUGAGGACAAGCCAGAUGUCACGUACAGUGAUAUCGGUGGUGUAAAGGACCAGAUUGAAAAGCUUCGUGAAGUCGUUGAGACGCCACUGCUUGAGCCAGAGCGGUUCGUGAAGCUGGGCAUUGAUCCACCAAAAGGCGUCCUACUCUUUGGUCCGCCAGGCACAGGUAAAACGCUUUGUGCACGUGCUGUUGCCAACCGGACAGACGCGACAUUUAUCCGUGUCAUUGGUUCGGAACUCGUGCAGAAGUACGUCGGUGAAGGUGCACGGAUGGUACGUGAGUUGUUUGAGUUGGCACGAACGAAGAAAGCGUGCAUCAUCUUUUUCGAUGAGGUCGACGCGAUUGGUGGUGUCCGUUUCGAUGAUGGCGCCGGUGGUGACAAUGAAGUGCAGCGUACCAUGUUGGAGCUGAUCAACCAGCUGGAUGGCUUCGAUUCUCGUGGUAACAUUAAAGUGUUGAUGGCAACCAACAGGCCUGACACGCUAGAUCCAGCCCUUUUGCGUCCUGGCCGUCUCGACCGCCGUGUCGAAUUCGGUUUGCCUGACAAUGAUGGCCGUGCCCAUAUUUUGCGCAUCCACGCACGUUCCAUGUCAGUGGAGCGAAAUAUCCGCUACGAUCUCAUUGCUCGUCUGUGUCCUAACACGACAGGUGCCGAGCUUCGUAGUGUUGCGACAGAAGCGGGCAUGUUUGCCAUCCGUGCGCAUCGCAAGGUGGCUACAGAAAAGGACUUUUUGCAGGCCGUUGACAAAGUUGUGCGCCAAGGCAGCAAGUUCUCCAGCACUUCGCUUUACGCGCAGUACAACUAG